CUCUUUCCCCCCUCCCCCUCCCCGCCUUUGAGGACAGCAGCGGGGGAGGAAGGCUGGUGGGGCUGGCAGGCUGGCGGGGGGGAGAUGCGCCCCGAGCCUGCGCACUGAGGCAGGAGCACACAAGCGGCGGCGGAGAACUACAGGACUGCUCGAGUAGGAGAGUCUUUGGACUGGAGAGUGAAGUGUAGCAUGUUCCCCCCCCUCUUGUGAGGACCUCCCACGGUGACACGCGCCAUUGUAUCCACACCCCCAGCGCACAGCUCCAUCAUCAUCCAUUGAGCUCCCCACGCGCCAUCAUGUACCACCCAACACCCCCAAAUGUUGACACGGCAGCUAUUGAGGGCAUACCAGGAGCCCUGCCAUCCAAGACCCCGGUGUCCCUCCUACAAGAGCUGUGUAUGCGGCGAGGCAUCUCCCCCAAGUACGACCUGCUGCAGAUAGAGGGAGCGGUGCACGAGCCAACCUUUGUCUAUAGGGUCACAGUAGGAGAAUUUGCAGCCAACGGGUCAGGACAGAGCAAGAAGAAGGCCAAGCAUGCGGCAGCGAAGGCUGUGCUAGACAUCAUCAUCCAAGGUGGUGCAGCAGGGGCCGGGGGACCCUCAGCUGGUGGUGCUGCUGGGGCUGCUCCUGAAUUAUCCACACAGAUUGUUUCCCCCUAUGAUGAUGGUAUCCCAGGAAACCCAGUUGGGUCCCUGCAGGAGCUGUGCAUGGCGCGGCGUUGGCCCCCUCCGACCUAUGAACUCACCUCGGAGGAGGGCUUCCCUCAUGAGAGGACCUUUUCAAUUGCCUGCACCAUUGGCAACACCAGAGAGAUCGGCACUGGCAAGAGCAAGAAACUGGCAAAGCGGCAGGCGGCAUUCAAGAUGAGCCAAAGACUGAAGGACCAGCCAGUGGAGCAGCCGCCGGUAACUGUGCUCACCGACGAUGAUGAGGAGAUAGCUCAAAAGUUGGCAGCAAGAUACUCUGGCCUGAAGGACACAAAGAUGUCAUCCCUGACUACCAGUGACUCGCGGAAGGUGAGUCACUUCCACAAGAACCUAAAGCAAGCACCUGGCAAGAAGCUGCAGGAGCUCCAGACCAUAUCCCUGAGCUCUCUGUCCCUCAACUUUGUUCAAAUGCUGCAAGACAUUGCUCAGGAAGCCAACUUUGUUGUCACCUACGUGGACAUUGAGGAACUCUCAGUCUCAGGUCAGCAUCAGUGUCUGGUGCAGCUGUCCACACUCCCUGUGGCUGUUUGUUAUGGCACUGGUGCCAGCGUCAAGGAGGCUCAGUCUGCUGCUGCCCACAAUGCCCUAGAGUACCUGAUGAUAAUGACCAAAAAGUAGCUUACCUGGCAGCCCCCCAGUAGCUGCAGCACCUGUUGGGGGAACCCAAGUGCUGCCUCACAAGUAGAACGAGGUGGCCGGAUUGGGUCUCAGGGCGGGGCGAGUUGCAGGCUGGGGGACUGACCUAAGUGAGCAACAGAGCUUUACUUUUAGGCAUUGAAGAGUCUGUGUAGUUUUGUCUACACUUCUCUGAAGGAGCAAGCUUUUUACUGUGAGACUACUAAUCAGCUGUACUUGGUUUCACUGACUGCCUCAGUAAUUUAGUGAGCUAAGGAUGUGCCAGUGUGGUAACACUGUGACUUGGUUGAUGCUCUGGCUUGCUGUGAUCUGGUACUUUAUGAGGGUUUGGGUAGGAAUUCAGCGUCAAUUUGCUGCACACUUUAAAAUGAGACUGGCACAUAUUUGAGCAGUGAGCUGGUGAGAACAUCUCCCAGUGGCAGUGUUACCAUGUCCACAUUUCCUCAGUUGGAGAAAUUAUUGGAAUAGAGUCAGUGUCACUGAUUUCAAUGUUGUAAAACUCUUGCAGUGUUAGUGUUUGAGUUUAACUGAAAAAAUUCUUAAAUUUGUUGUGGCAUGUGGCCUGGGAGAUUGCAAAAGUAAUGCGGAAUUCUUGCCGAUCUGAAAAAAAAAACUGCAUGGAAACUUUAAAUCAAGUCUAAAAAAAACUUGCAAUACUUUUAUUGCAGACCAAAAAAAUGAAAAAUCAUUCAUGCUGAAUGAUAAAAAAAUGUUACUCUGAACGAGUAACAACAAAAACAUAAAACUUGAACCAGAAUGGUGUCUGUGGUACCUGUGGCCAGCUGGCAAGUGAUCCUGUGUGGCACAUCCCCUGGUUAAUUGUUCAAUGUAGUGAAUGCUUGGCCUGGAGCAGUUAACUUCAUAAUCAGAACCAUCCUUAUUUGUAGUGCUGUGGUUACCAGUGCUGGGCACUUCAUGUAGGAUGGUAGCACAUGCAUCAGGCUGGUCUGGUCUGAGGUGCCUCCUGGUGCUGAUGAGUCCCAGUGCUAACAGGGCUGAAGGCUACAGGAACAGAAAAUGAAAGUUUUAGUUAUCUAUGUGAUGUCUGUUCCAAAACCCUCUCAAAGGUGAGGGAAACAAUACAUCUUGUUUUCAGUCUUUAAUAGUGAUGCUAUUAAAUUUUCCCCAAUUUCACAUUGAUGCCAUUUGUACCAAAACUUCCCACAUUUAAAACUGUUAUUACUUCAUCAUUGAGUAAGGGGACAAGACUUAGGCAAUUGUCAUAAUAGAAAAUAGAAUUGUGGUAACAUUAUGAAGAACAUUGGUGGUUUAAACCUCUCCACUUGCUCACAGCAUUGGUCUAGUGAUAAUGAAUGUGAUACUUUAUAACUUUGGGCCAGCCAAGAUGAAGCACACAACUUCCUACAAGUAAAAGAUGCAUUAUCCAGGAACGUGUGUUAGCAUGCUAUUAGUGAAGCAGAAUUGUUACUAGGUAGUGGAUCAAACUGCCUGUUUUAAUACUGGAGCCCAGUACUGUGUUAUUCUGCUAGUCAUUAGAGAUGUGUACAAGAAUUAUUUUUAACAGAAGACUUGGUAAACUUCCACCACAGUCAGUCCUAGUAAAUUCUAACAAGGUCACUCAUUCAUGGCCUUAGUAACAGAAAUGGAGAAAUUUGGGCCAAAGUUUUGAAAGGGAAUAAGUAGCACAUGUAAUAGUUGUUACACGAUGUCACAGGUGUCAGCCUGGCCCCACAGACACCCUGGUCCAAGUGUCCUCUCGUUGUGUGCAUCGACUAUACUUUGCAUAGAACUAGUGAUGUUACGGCAGAGCACACGCUGGCUCACUUGGCCUCCAUGUUGCAGGUCACGGCGAUGGUGCUAAGGUGGACAAACUAGUACCUGACGCUCUUCACUCCCCACAGUACAAUAUAACCGUAGCAGACCGUUACUUCGUCGUCAAGUAAUAAAAGUUAAAGUAAAAAGACAAAUUAUGGUGUGCAUUAUCACCAGACUCUGCACCAUGUUUGCAAAAAUGGGGUAAAAGUGAACCAGUGUGUGGCCUCCUCACCUUGAAUGUACUGUAGUCUUGGCCAGGUGUAGGUCUCAGCACUGGAGUAAGUUGCCAGGGUGGUGGUGGCGGUGGUAGCGGUAGUGGCAGCGGGUCUGCUCUCCGGGCUGACUGGGUGUCUUGCCUCUAUCAGGGUAACAACUAGUAAAUCAUUUUGCUUUGAAGUGCAAAGAGUAUAAUUUUCACAGUACCAGCCUCCUCAACCCUUGCAAGUUACUCAGUGCUGUAACUUAAAUAAUGCUUUAUCCAGUAAGCUGUUACGUACAUUAUAAUUAUUAUCCAAUGGGCAUUCAUUAAUUACAUGCAAAGUAUAGGUAUUGGAUGAUAGCUGGCUACUGAGAAUUGAGCAGCUGGUGUGCCGAGGAGUGGCAGGCUAGCCCUCCCUGCCUGUCACUCAGGCGCCUCUGACGAACCUGUGAGAGACGGAGACUUAUUGAAACUUGUCGCAAGUUUUUGAUAUGAAAGGAUCAGCAGUAGCUUUUAUAGAUUGUAAUACUAAUAACUUUGUUAUUGAAGUUAUCAGAGGAAAUGUCAUUUUUAUGAAGUCCUUUAUUAGAGGUGGAUAUUUCCCUCUGACAACACGAGAGAGAGAGAGCGAGCGAGAGCGAACGAACGAGUGAGUGAGAGCACCGUACAGGUGGCUGACGCCCUAUCAUUGAAUUGUUGACCCAUGACAGUUGCUUUGUUAAUACAGUUUUGCAGACUGUCUCAUCACCACACAGGGUUCAGGGAGGUGGACUAAUUGCAGUGCAUAAAAGUGCUGAUAGAGCCUCCCUUUUCCUUGCUUGGCCAUUAUAAUGACCCAGCUAUGUCAGUGUAAUGCACUCAACUUGUUAGUACCUGCCCAUUGUGAGGUCAUAUAAAUGUCACCCUGUGGUGUGUCAGUAACCUAUCAGGAUCUACAACUCCUCUUGUGUGAUCUCCAUCAGAACUCAGUGGCAGAUGUACGUGUAAGUUUAGUUCAACCACUCUUCUUGGUGUAAAAGAGAUAUUUUAAAUGGUAAUGUUUAAAUGGGUGCAGUGGCAUGCACACCAGAGGUGUGAGGUUGUCCAACAGUGAAGUAGGUCUUUGCUGUUAAAUUGAAGUUGGUUUCAAAGUUUGUACUUUUAUCCUCAACAUUGCUCAUAUUCUCAAGAGACCUUGCCUCUCAAGCACGAAGGUACGUGUUAUAAACAGUUUCACCAAACCUUGCCAUGAAAAUGGCAUUAAUAUAAUAUUAAUGCAUAUAUAAUUUCACUUUGUCAGUAACUUUCAAUGAUAGGUUGAUAACAUUAUGAGGAAGGUUCUUUUGAAAAGCUCAGGAUGCUACCUUGAUCAAGGGACUUUGCCCCCAUCAGUUGGGGUCCUUCAAACCAUAACAUGCCAAGUGCCAAACAGAACAGCAAGGAACAAGUUUUGUGCUUUGAUUUGUCAGGUGCAUUAUCCUACAAUUAUUGUUGCCUAAGCCUAACAUUUUAACUUUGCAGUUCAAGAAUCAUCUGCUUUGUCUGAGAUUUCAUUAUUUGUUAGGCCAUCAGUUGCCACCACACUUGCCUGGCAGCCACCCGAGUUGAGUAGAUUCCACUUGAGAUUCAUACACAAGAUGGCAAAGUGUCCAGAUGGAGUUGUGAUAUAAUGUAGUGAGCAUCUAGUGGGAGAAGGACAGGUUUGUAUUUCUUCCCACAAAAAAAAUGUUUCAGUGAAUCGGUGAACACUGUUUUGAUGUGAUGAAAGAUCUAAGUCAGGGCAGCUUCCAUUUUGAGCCAGAUGGUGCUUCAUGUCACUUGCAUUGACAGAAUGACUCAGGUUAGGUUGAUGACAUCUGAUAGAGCUGGAAUUUUUUAUAAUCUGAUGGGAAAAUAUUUGUUGUAGACCAUUCCACGUUGAAUGGUGUGGCUUUGUCCCCUGAUUGAGCCUCAGUGCCAUGAAAGCAUCAGACACACAGAUUGGCUGAGCACAAAGUCUUCAUAACAGGGCAAGGCAACUUCAGUACUGUACAAUGUGUGCUUGCUUCCAAUGUGUUUUCAAUACUUGCAGCUCCUCAGAUCUACCGACUUGGUAAGGAGCGACACAAUGUUGCAGAUCACUAACAAUAUGUAAUGUAACAAUUUGUAAUGUAACACUCAGCAAGUCAUGGUUUGCAGAACUUCAAAUUAUUGAGACAACUGAAGGUUUAACCCGUACAGUGUUAUGCUUUGUCAAGAAUAGGGGUCUUGUCAGGUUACAUUUUUUUCAUUUAUUUUUUAUUUACCUUGUAAAAUGCAAAAAAAAAAAAAUCUUUUCACACACACACACACACACACACAUACACAUACAAUAUAUAUAUAUAUAUAUAUAUAUAUAUAUAUAUAUAUAUAUAUAUAUAUAUAUAUAUAUAUAUAUAUAUAUAUAUAUAUAUAUAUAUAUAUAUAUAUAUAUUAUUCCCAUGCUUUGAAUGGAAAUGUGGCUACCAUAGGAUUUUGAUUCUUGGAUUUUUUUUCCCUUCUCAGAACUCGCGAUAUCAGACUAGGGAUCCAGAAUUUUAUUUUUAUAUUUUUAAAGCUUUUACUUUCACCUUUACAUACACUUUCCACAAUCCUACAGUGUAUGUAAUAAAUAAGUACUUCUUUACCUUACAAAUACCUAUAAAUAAACAAGAACUGUACGUUCAACAAAACAUCCAGCAUCUCAAGGCCAUGGCUACUACAUCCACAGUUCUCAAAGAAUAGAACUAUGAAUACUAUGAAUUUUAUGACUUUCAAUUUUCCCUUCCGAUUAUUCUGAAGUCUCGUUUCCUAUUUCUUAUGCCUUACUGAUUAUAGAUUUUAGAGGUAAUUUCUUAGGAGAAAGUAAUUAAAAUCUGAGAUGAUUUUUGGGGAAACACAGCAGCCCGCCCUGUGUAGCCAACUCUGCAACAUUUAUAACCAAAAUCUUUAUCCCUCUCCAACACCGUAGCUUUCAAUUUCAUUUAGUUGCUUUGAUAUUAUAUUCAUGUUGACAUAGGCAUUGAAAAAACAAAAUAAUCCUCAAAUAUGUCCCAGUUCCUACAGAAGUAUUCAGUCUAUAAUACAAACUCCGACCCCAAGAGAUAGAUGUGUAUAUGAAAACAUUUACUCCUGACUUGUCAAAAUAUUCUUUGUUACUACUGUUAGCGAUGUCUUUGUAUAUCAUACAUGAACAAAAUUGAAGGCCGUAAUAUGGCUCAGAAACGAAAUUGUACAUAUACGUACUAAACGCUUCCCUAAGAGGUACGCAAGUAUGUAUAUAUAUAUAUAUAUAUAUAUAUAUAUAUAUAUAUAUAUAUGUACUAAACACUGUACGGGUUACUUGAUUAAUCUUCUGUGUAAAAAGUUUGACUAAACAUUGUUUGCAGAAAGCAAUGUUAUGUUGAACAUUUAUCUGAUGGAGAACACACAAAAUUUUUAAAAUUUAGAAAAGAACACUAUCUCCUCAGUCCUUGGCAUGCAUGUGUGUGUGUGUGUUGGUGUGAAGGGUAUUCUAUGUAAGAGGCAGACAAACAAGUGGUGUAUCAUCCAAGACCCUCAAUAACAUUGUCAUGUUGCAUGCUGCUGAAGAAAGUUUUUUGUCUAAUGUAAAUGAAAUUACACAAGACAUUACUGUGAAGCAGUGGGCGAACAGUUCUCCCAAGUGUCACUGGUUUCCGGGAGACUCGCGUGUGAAAACAUUGUCCUGGUGCGUUGCCAUCCAGUGUUGAGGUGAACGUGUCUGCUGUUGUUAGUCUGAUAUUAUUUCUGGAGGGAGUCACAGGUGCACCCCAGAGGGGUGAGGUGUAUGGAUGAUCCAGUGGCACCGGGACACGAGUGUUGACUGGCAAAGUCCUUGACCUUUCCAAUCUUGACUCAACCUGUGAAGAAAAUGUUUGAUUUUGUUCAAAUUGCUGUAUUGAAAAAAAAUUUUGUUCAGAUUCCUGUUUUAGACAUGAUCUUUACUUUGCUCAAUUUUUGUAAAGCAGAAAAGUUUUACUUUUGCCCAAAAUUCUCUUAACAAGAAAAUGUUUGACUUUGCCUAAAUAAUGAAGGAAAGGUCAGUUGUGUUCCACACAAAAUACAAAACUUAGUCCAAAUUGGUUGGGCACAAAGAAUGGUGUAACAUUGUUUUUUCCAUCAUAAUUUCCCUCUAGUGAAUAGUUGGACUGUAUCUCUGUGUCCAUCCAAUAACCUCUAUUUAUGUUCUGAAUAAAAAACUUGAAAAGCA